CAUUGUUGUAAGUGUGCUUUCAUCCCGUGAGUGAAGCGGCCGCAGCUCCCACACUCUAUCAGCUCAGGCAGGUCUAUUGCCCACAGCAGCCCUCACUACCUCCGCCUGAGGCGCCAUAACUACCACAACACCCGCCCCAUAACACACAGGCCCCACCUCUUCCUGACAUGAAGGAAGCGCGGGUUGGGGGCUGGUUCCGCUUCUGCGCGCUGUGAGGUGCGGGCGUCGGUCCCGGGCGGUGCGGGGCUGACUGUGCGGUGUGUGUCUGCGGGUCCCCGCGGGUCCCUGCGCGCUCCCGGCCCCGCCGCUCUGAGGGGCGGUACCUCGGUGGGCGAGUAGGCCCGAGCGUGUAGGCCCGGAGCGGCCCCUGCCUUCCCUCUCAGCGCUUAGGCCCGCCGACCGGGCCAGGAUGAGCGGAGAGGACGGCAAUGAGGAGUUCUACCGGCAGCUGCAGCUCCAACAGCAGUACGAGACCGAGCGCGGCGGGGAGGGAGAGGCCGACCCCUUCACCUACGUGGAUCCGGCCGAUGGAGCCGCCUACGAGUGGGAUCGGGAGAAGAAGGCCUGGUUCCCCAAGAUAACAGAAGAUUUCCUGGCAACGUAUCAUGCUAACUAUGGCUUCAAUGCAGACGAAACGGAUAGUUCAUCUGCUUCUGGAACAGCAUCUGAAAAUAAGUUACCACUAAGUUCUAAGACAUCAGAAACACAACCGUCAGCGAAUGAGAAAGGACCAAAGCAAACAGAUCCAAAACAAAAACCAGAAAAACGGAAACUAGAGCCAGGAUGGUUUCAUGUUGAAGAAGACAGAAACACAAAUGUUUAUGUGACCGGUUUACCACCAGACAUUACAAAAGAUGAAUUUGUUCAAGUCAUGUCCAAAGGUGGUAUCAUUAUGCGAGAUCCUCAGACAGAAGAGCACAAAAUCAAACUUUACAAAGAUAAAGAAGGAAAUCUCAAAGGAGACGGCCUCUGCUGCUAUCUAAAGAGAGAAUCAGUUCAACUUGCUUUGAGGCUUCUGGAUGAGGCAGAAAUCAGAGGCUAUAAAUUGCAUGUUGAAGUUGCAAAGUUUCAACUCAAGGGGGAGUACGAUGCAAGCAAGAAGAAGAAGAAAUGUAAAGACUACAAGAAGAAAUUGUCUCAACAGCAGAAACAGCUGGAUUGGAGGCCUGAGAAGAAAGAUGGCGCAGCUCGAAUGCGGCAUGAACGCAUCGUUAUUAUCAGGAAUAUGUUUCACCCAAAGGACUUUGAGGAUGAUCCCUUAGUGCUAAAUGAGAUAAGGGAAGACCUACGGACAGAAUGUGAAAAGUUUGGUCAAGUAAAGAAGGUUCUCAUAUUUGAUCGGCAUCCUGACGGCGUAGCUUCUGUGUCAUUUAAGGAGGCGACAGAAGCUGAUCUGUGCAAGCUAACUCUGAAUGGAAGGUGGUUUGGUGGCCGUCAGCUCAGUGCUGAAACGUGGGAUGGUGUAACAGAUUAUCAGGUGGAGGAGACUGCAAGAGAAAGGGAAGAAAGGCUGAAGGUGUGGGGAUCGUUUUUAGAGGAUCCUGAUGCAAAGGAGCAGCAAACUACGUCUGAUUCAGAUUCCACAACGAGUAGCAUUAAAAUCCCUGAAAGCAGCCAACCUUCAAAAGUUAAUGACACAUCCAAGGAGGAUGUAAAUGAUGAAGGCCAUAAGAAGGAGAAUAAUGGUGAGGGCAUUAACGAAGAUGGUGCUCCAUCCACAGACAGCAGCCUUGCAGGCAGUGAUGCUGAAGCAGAUACAUAACGUUUCCAUUGCUUUAUGAAAGAGUGGUUUUUAGAGUGAUGAGUUUAUCCCUUACUUUCAGGGUUACUGCAGACAACAUUCAUGUGAAUAUAUGCAUUAUUAGAAAUGUCAUCAACUGUGUGCUUUAAAUUUUCAUGAAAAGCAGUAUUUAAUGAGGUUCUAAAAGUUUGUAUUAAUUGGCUGUUCAGUUAAAGUAACUCAAGUUGCCAAGAAUAACAGCAAGCUCAUCAGGCUUCUUUUGUUCUAUCUAUGCUUAUCAAUGUUUCAUUGUAAGUGUGAAAUAUGUUCCAACCCUUAAGUUCAUGUAACUAUGUGUAACUUAAAAAAUGCAAAGCUAUUUCAAGUUUUGUGGAUUUUGUCAUUAUUUUUCCUUGUAACUUGGUAUCUUAUCCUUAAAAUUAUUCUCGGCCUGAAUGCUUCUCAUCAUUUUAUGGGAUGGAUGCUGUGAUAAGUGCAGGGUGAAUGCAUCAGAUAUGUUGCUAUAUGUUAAGAAGCAAAUAAUAGGUGGGUAAAGACUUGCAAACUUGAAGUGGAAAACAAUUUCUAUUUCAGUGGAGAGCAAACUGAGUGAAGAUAGGUGGCUGAAUCACGGCAUUCAAUAAAUUAUUCUUUUUCCCUUGUUUAGAUCUUCUUUAGGGGCUGGAAUUAAAGAGACUAGGAAUGCAUGAGCACACACAUUCUAGACUAUAAUGAAGUAAAACUGAUUUUAAACUCCCAUGGGCUGUAUGCAGUAGGUAGGCUUUUGUUUGUUGACUUGGCUUUAAUUUUUGUUUUAAUAUUAGAGGCAGGGUUUUCUUUUAACUCUGUUAGAAUGAUUUCUCUUCAGCAUUUUGGUUUAGCCUUCAGUUGCGCUUUAAAGGGUGGUGGAGAGAUCUCUUAUUUCAUAAAGCCUAAAAGUAUUUGGCAACUUGAACUAAAAUUGGUUGUGUACAUGUUAGACUACUUGAACACACGCUUUCAAAGAACAUUAUAUUUCCCAAAACAAAGAUUUAGACCUUCUAUCUUUAGAUACCUUAAUAAGCAGUAGGCUUUAAAAAUAACCUUGGGGGGAGCCAUUUUGAUCAUGAUCAUUUUUCAUUUUGAAAUCCCAUUAUUUUGAUUGCUAAGAAUAUGAGCAUACAGAUUCAGGCACUAAAUGCUUAAAAUAUUGGUGCUAAAUACAUAGCACCUUGUUCAUAUGGAUUUCUGCUAGUGCACAUUUGUAAGGACGCUCUUUAAUCUGCACAUUUUUUAAUUCAUAUUGGAUUGUGAGGAAACCAUAGACAUUAAUUGUAGGUGUAUUUCCAUCCUGAAGUAUUCAGAAUACUCUGAAAGUCGGUAUUUUCAAACUGUGCUCUGAGAUUGCCAUCUCUUUAUGGUACCCUGAGGUUUUUAUGUGUAACCAGUAUGUGUGGGUAGUUAGAGCAGCCAAGCCAUCUAACCUUUAACACUUGUCAUUGUGACUACAUUAUAUCCUUUUGUGACAAAAUACCUGUUAUUUGAACAAGCGCGAUGGUUUGAGUUUAAAAAUCCAGAAGCCUGUUACAAGUUGGCAUGACAGAUUUCCAGAUUUAAUGAGAUGUGUGGUAAAGCAGAACUCUAAACUCUUGUUGUCUAAGUAAGGCCGCCUUCUCAUAUUCACAACCAUGUGAAUGAUGGGUUUAAACAAAAAAAAAACCAACAAAGUUUGGACAGUUCAGGGAAUCUGAAAUACUGCUUGGUUUGCAGCUACCCAUUGGUGGCAUAUUUGCGUUGCAUCUUGGGGUUGUAUUGGUUCUGCCUGGGAUUUUGGUUGGUAGCACUGCAGACCUCUGAGGGUUUAGAGCUUUGUCACAAGAAGAGUGUAAUUAAACAUUGUGAGUUUUGCUUUCAGCGCUCUUUUUAUCUUCCAGCUUGUAAGCUUCUCUAGCAUUAGAUUUGUUAGGCUGUUGUGUUUUGUUUGCUUUUCUUAAGAGGCUGUUCAUACAACACUCAAGACAGUGAAAUCACCUGUUCUACAACAGGAUUGCAAUUGACAUAGGGAAACUUUUCUCAAAUGUAUAAAUAUUGUACAGUUCUAUGAGGACUUCUCAUCAAAUGUAAAAAAACAAACUAAGAGUAGUGUUAGUGUUUGAGAGAAGUUCUUAGAAAAUAAAGAAACGUUACUUGUGCAGUAACCUUCCUCUCUGCAAUAGAUAUUCAAACUUGAUUGGCUUGUUUGAGAAGUCCAACGUGAUGUUAUUUGCUUCAUGUUUUUCUCUAGACUUCACACUGAAGUAGAGCACUGACAAAGACUGAGACUGAAUGCUUUACUGGCUUUCCUAUAAAGUAGGAUUCUUAAGAGAAAAUAAAAGCUGUUUUUCCAUGA